AGACAGAGAGAGAGAACAAGGGAAAUGGCAUAAGAUUCAAGGAUCGGCGCUUCCACCGUGUCUCCUUCCUUCCUCCUCCAAAGGUAUGGAACGAAGCCUACCAUACCUCUUCUCCACCACCGCCAAUGCUGCGUCGUCGUCGUCUUCGUCGUCUUUCUAGUCCUCUUACCAAAACCUCCUCUUCGAAGUAGCUCCCCCCUCUACUCACGCUUACGCUAAGCCAAGCCUAGGGAAGCAAAGCAUAGCAAAGCAAAGCGAGGGGCUGGGCAGAGAAGGGGAAGACAAGGGAAGGGAAGGGCAGUGGAAGGCUAUUGCAAGGCAAGGAAGGGAAUGACAGGCAAGGGAAGCGGGGAAGGGGAAGGGAAACGGGAAGUGGAUGUCCUUCUGGCCAGCCAGGGAGGAGAGGGCAUCCGUCGCUUGGUUCUGCUUUUGGACCUUUUUUUUAAAAGAGUGUUUGUGUUGAUUGUGCACUUUCGCUACUGUUUCCGUGCAUCUCUAGGGUUUCCAUUUGCCUUCUCGAGGCACCGAGGAGAUGCAUGGCAUCCGAUUGCGCAAACAGCAGCAGCAGUCGGAAGGAAAUAUUGAGCUUCGUGAUGCGUAGGAAGCUUCGUGAUUCUGUGGCGUGCUUCUAAGUUAAGCUAGGGUUUCUUGCCUUUCUCCUCGCGGUAGUCCCGGCUUCUCUUCUCUUGCGAGACAACCUUCGGUAGCGCCUUGCACUUGAUCAGGGAGAGUGGAUGUGUGCGGUUUGUGUAUGGCAGGUUUUUUUGGUUUCGCGGUUUGGGGCAGGUUUUAUCAAGAACAGAUGGAAUCCUAGGAAGGGGGAGGAAGGGGAUGAGUGUUGGUCUGUGGCGGUGAUUGGGGACGAGGAUUUGUGAAGCUGCGAGAAAAGCGGUGGGAAGGAGUGGAGAGGUUGUGACUUUUCGGGUUGAGAGGAAGACGAUUGCUAAGUGAUUGACGAUUGAAGCAGAACGUGUGAGUGCUCGGGAAGAGUGUGAAGCGCACGUGUAUGAUUGGGAACAAGAAUUUCUGGGCGGAGGCAUUUGUGUAUUGCAGACUUCAGGGAGGGGUGAAAGCAUUGGAGAGGAGUGUAAGGGUGAGGGUGGGUUUUGCUCCCUGUCGAGGCUACUGGAACGCGGAGGUUUCGAGAGUUAGUUGAUUUUGGCAAGGGGUUGAAUAAGGCUUUAAGGAUUUUUUCGCAUUGGAAGUGCAUAAAGCGCGAAUGUUACAAGAGGGUAAGAAAUGCAACAGACUUCGUCGCAGCAACUGAAAUGCUAUGGGAGGCGAAACCGUGCAAAGCCUGAAGCCUCGAGCGUGGAAAGUGGCCAUCCUCUGGUCAAGGAUUUAAGAGGUGCGACACUGUUGGAGGAGGUUUCGCCCGCUGCAACAAGUAAUCAAUCGGUAGAUGUUGUCGGACAGGUGAAGAAGCCACAUGCAAGCAGGGGAAGACCUAGGAAAGUUGUUGGCGCUCCAAAGCAGGGGGCAAGAUCUCUUAGCGAUGUUGUCAGCAAUAAGGUGCGGGCAACAAGAAGUUCGGCGGGCAAGUCCGCCGCACCUGUCGCGUCUGAAGUCCGGGAGGUUGCGAGGGAUUCGACUGUUGUCGAGGAAACAGUUUCUGAGGGGUCCUCCCUGAUGACUCCGGUUCAGCCUCAGGAUAGAGUACCUGUUAGAGUGAAAAUUGUGGGUCCGUUUAGCAAUGGAGGCUCCAAAUAUGCAAAGGGCAAGAAUUUUGGUUCUCCUUCGCCCGGGUCUCAGAAAACGAGGGGACAAUUUACGAGACAGGAAGCUCAGCGAGCUGCGGAUAACGAGGUGUCUGAUGAAGUACAAUCUAAUCAGGGGAAGGAUGAUGGACAGGCAGCUGACGAAGAGCAGCUUCCUUUUUGGACGGAAGUUGAUGGAAGUCCAAUUCGUGAGAGAAAAGAUACUGAGGAGGAGGUCAUUCAUAAGAGGGAGAAGGAUAAACCUGUUAUUGAGGUGAUCGAGGUUGCAAAUUCCCCUCAUGAGAGGGAGAGUGGAGAAGAACAGGUGACUCAUGACAGGGAUCGGAGGCAACCUGUUCCGGAGAAGACGGUGUCUAGGAAGUUUCAUUGUGAGGAGAGUGACGUAGGGGAAGAAGUGAUCGGGAAAAAGGUCGAGGGGCGCUCUUCUACUGAGAGGCGAGUGAGCGGAAAAUCCUAUUGUGAGCGGAGAGAUGGAGUUCAUCCAGCUCGAGGCAAAGAGUUACCUUCUGCGCAGAGUACUUUGGCAUCUCGUCGGCGGCUCGUGGCUUUGCGAAAACGCCAACAUGAAGAUUCGGUGCUCGCCCAAGCUGAUGAAAUACUUCUCAAGCAAGAGUUUUUAGAGUCUAACAAAGACAAGAAAGGCCAACCCAAGAGCAAGGAACCUGCCAGACCUAAGACUCACUGGGAUUUUGUAAUCGAGGAGAUGACGUGGCUGGCUAAAGAUUUUGAAAGGGAGCGGAAAUGGAAGUUAGUUCAGGCUAAGAAGGUAGCAUUGCGAGUGAAUAGAAGUAAGCUGGAUGUCGUAGCAAGAGAAAACCGAAAAUUGAAGGAAGAGGAACAGCGCAUGCGGAAGGUGGCUAGCAAUAUUGCAAAAGAUGUCAGGAAGUUCUGGUUGAAAGUCGAAAAGCUGGUGUCUUACAAACAGCAAUUACUGGUCGAGGAAAGAAAGAAGAAGGCGCUUGAUAAGCAUCUGGACUUCUUACUAGGACAAACAGAGAGGUAUUCAACGAUGCUUGCUGAAAAUCUUGCUGAUACUACAACUACAUAUGAGCUACAAAUCAGUCAACCUUUACCUUCAGGGCCUAAGGAUGGUCCUAGUACAAUUGCUCAAGUGCUGCCAGUGGUCUCAGAGGAACCUCUUGUUGCUAGCGAUGUUGACAAUCUGGACGGAGCAGUAAGAAUGGAGGUCGAAGGUGGUGAUGAUGACUUCAUGGUAGAGGAAGAAGAUGAACCAGAGGAUGAUGAAACCACAUUAGAAGCUGAUGAAGCCUUGAUAACUGAAGAUGAAAGGAAAGAGGAGCUCAGUGCAUUGGAAAGGGAGAGUGAGCUUCCGCUUGAAGACCUUCUCAAUGCGUACAAACUAAUGAGAGGUGAUUCUGCCAGUGAGGCAGAUGAUGAGGAGGAUGAUAGUGGUGAAACAGAUGAAGAUGACGGAAUUGUUAAAGAGGGGGUAGCAGAGGAUUCCAAUUAUGCUCUUUCUGGCGAUAUUGCACCUGUUGAUGAGUUCAAGAAAAGUCCAAUCUUGACAUCCGAAGGACCUUCUGGCCUUGCAUCUGAAAGAUCGCUUGGACAACUUCAUCCUCCUCAGGGAUGCUUGGGUUCUACUGGUGAUGGGCUGCUCGAUGAGAUUGCCUCAGUUCCUCCAUUGCUGAACAAGGAAAAAGAGUUUUCUAGAGAGGGUACUAUUGAUGCAUCCGUAUUUAGCAAUGACACACUGGUAGUUCAACUGGGUAUAGGCGGAGAUAGAGAAGCAAAUAUGACUAAUUCUGACGUUGGCCGCGAACUCCCUCCGUUUUCUGAGGAAAGAGCAGCAGGAGAGGCAGCUGGAAAUCCAGCUAAGCUUGUCGUUGAGCUUACCCACCAGAAUAGUGUACCUGUUAAUUCCUCUUCAACUCGAGUGAAAUCUGAGAAAUUGGAAUAUUCUGGUCUUGAGCCUUUGGAGCAUCCAAUCGGAGAGUUGCAGGAUGACAAGGAGUACAUGCCUACAGUGUUGGGAGAUGAGCCUGAUGAGAAUGAUGAUGAAAGAACCUUAGAGGAAGAGGAACGCAUUGCCAAGGAAGAGGGUGACAGUAAUAUUAAUGAGAUCGAUCAACUGAAGCUGGAGAGCGAGAUGUCAUUAGAAGAACUUUUGGCGAAGUACAGAUCUGGUAUGGAUUUUGACGGAGAAGACAUUGAUGACUUCUCGGUUGAUCGACGAGAUCGGACUAGUGAAGCUGGUACUAGUGGAUCCAGUAGUGAUGAAGAGGAUGAUGAGGAGGAAGCUCAUUACAUUGUCGAUGCCAAAGAGAGGAUGGGUGAACCUAGCACAAGUGGGCGGGAUUACCAGUCUCUGCCAUUAACUGAGAUGGAAAUGGUAGUGAAUAGCCCCAAGAUUAUUAAUACGUUGGAGGUCAAGCAAGAGGUUGUGGAGGCAAAUUUGCUCGAUAAUAAUAAGAGAGACUUUCAAAAGAUGGAUGUAUAUGGCAAGGCGUUUCAUGCUGAUGCUCAUGAUUUGAGGAGAGAUGGAGCACUGGGAGCUGGGUCUUCUAAUGAUACACUGUUUUCUACAUCCUUGUUGCUUGGGGGAGAUGAUGAGGUGGAUGCUGAUACAGCUGCAGCUUUGGCAAAGGUCACUGCGGCUGCAAGGCGGCGAGGUGAUCGUAUCAUGAUGAGGUCGUCGAAUGAGAGCAGGGGAAUUCAGGUGAUUGAUGAGCCAAGUAAGACAGAGAUCUCAAAAAUGGGAGGAACAAAGCAGAGUCCAAAUUCGGAUGAAACUCUUGUCCUACCUGCUUUAUCUUCUUCUAUGCUCAAUGAGGAUACUGGGAUACACACAUCAGAUCCAGUGAAAAAUAAGGUUUUGCUAGCCAACGGAGGUUCGGUAUGUGACUUGGAGAACCUUGCUGACGGGGUAGCACAGGAGCCCGAAUACAACAUUCAAGACAAAUCCAAAAACAUUGUAAACACUAUUCAUCCUGUUACUCUCGACAAAGAUCAAAGUAUAAAAGUCGUGGAUCAGACACCGGUGGAACAAAAGACUCUGGAAGUAGGGGAUGAAAAAAACAGUGAAGACAGGCUUGCUGAUUUUGCUGCAGCUGCUCAAUCAGCACAACCUACUGGUUACACAUUUUCCACGACUAAAGUGAAGACAAAACUACCAUUUCUUUUGAAGCAUUCUCUUAGAGAAUACCAGCACAUUGGGCUUGAUUGGCUUGUUACAAUGUAUGAGAAGCGGCUCAAUGGUAUUUUAGCUGAUGAAAUGGGUCUGGGAAAGACAAUCAUGACUAUCGCUUUGUUAGCUCACCUAGCCUGCGAGAAAGGUAUUUGGGGUCCGCAUCUGAUCGUAGUACCUACAAGUGUUAUGCUGAACUGGGAGACCGAGUUCAUGAAAUGGUGCCCUGCAUUCAAGAUAUUGACCUAUUUCGGGAAUGCUAAGGAAAGGAAGUUGAAGCGGCAGGGAUGGUCAAGACCUAAUUCAUUUCAUGUGUGCAUUACCACAUAUCGUUUAGUUAUUCAAGAUGCCAAAGCAUUCAAGCGAAAGAAGUGGAAGUAUUUGAUACUUGAUGAAGCGCAUCUUAUCAAAAAUUGGAAAUCACAGAGAUGGCAGACUUUGCUUAACUUUAAUUCUAAGCGCCGAAUCCUUCUUACUGGGACUCCUCUGCAAAAUGAUCUUAUGGAGCUCUGGUCUUUAAUGCAUUUUCUCAUGCCUCACGUUUUUCAGUCCCAUCAAGAGUUUCGGGACUGGUUUUGCAAUCCAAUAACGGGGAUGGUUGAGGGCGAGGACCAGGUAAACAAGGAGCUAGUGGAUCGGUUGCAUAAUGUUCUACGUCCUUUUCUUUUACGGCGUUUGAAGAAGGACGUAGAGAAGCAGCUGCCUGGAAAGUUUGAACACGUCAUUCGUUGCCGUCUUUCGAAAAGGCAACGGAAUCUUUACGAAGAUUUUAUGGCCAGCUCUGAUACACAAGCAACUCUUUCAAGUGGUAAUUUUCUAGGCCUCAUUAAUGUUUUGAUGCAGCUGCGGAAAGUCUGUAAUCAUCCCGACUUAUUUGAAGGCCGUCCUAUCGUCUCUUCGUUUGACAUGCCUGGCAUUGAGGUCCAUUUAAGCUCUGCUACCUGCUCUGCAAUGUCUAGGGGUCCCUUUGAUGGGAUCAACACAGAAACGCUGAACUUGAAGUUUAAUCAGCUCAGUGGAACAAUGAAUAAGUGGGAGGCAGACGAGGUAGUUAAGAUAAAGACCCCAGGUCCAUUGAUUGUUGAGCUAGCAAGCACUGGUGAAGACACUUGGAACCAGCAUUAUUCAAAGCACAAACCGAGCAAGGAAGUUCGUGGUGUUUUGGAAGAGAUCCAUUCAGUUCUCAGGGAGAACAGGAAAAGACGCCGAAGAGAGAGGGAUCUAGCAAUGUCGAUGCUCAACGAAUUUCGUUGUAAUCGGCAACCUCUUUACGGAGCCGACUUUUUGAAAAGCGUGGAAGUAUUACAUCCUGUUUAUGAUGUGCACAGGGUGGGCGCUAAUCCAAGGAAUUACUUGGAAUUUUCAAGCAUAAUUUCAGAUAUUGUACAGUUGCCUCUCACUCGGUGCGAACAUAUGAUGGACCUAAUUUCUGCGUUUGUUUUCGCUAUUCCGGCUGCCCGAGCUCCACUUCCUGUCGCUUGGUGCAGCCAUUUAGUACCUACAAGCUCAGUUCUGAAGCAAUCAAUUUCGGAAGAAAUUCUGCAACAAGCUAGCUCCAUGCUGGUCCCUCUUAGGCCUGUGGUGGUUAGACGGCAGCUAUUUUUUCCUGAUCGAAGGCUUCUGCAGUUUGACUGUGGAAAAUUGCAGGAGUUGGCAGUCCUACUCCGGAGACUCAAAUCUCAGGGUCACAGGGCAUUGAUAUUCACCCAGAUGACCAAAAUGCUUGAUGUAUUAGAAUCCUUCAUCAAUUUGUAUGGCUACACGUACAUGCGUCUAGAUGGGUCCACCAAACCAGAACAGCGACAGAUUCUGAUGCAACGAUUCAAUACUAAUCCGAAAAUAUUCCUUUUCAUUUUGUCGACGCGGAGUGGAGGUGUGGGGAUUAAUCUUGUUGGUGCUGACACUGUCAUCUUCUACGACAGUGAUUGGAAUCCAGCUAUGGAUUUACAAGCUCAGGAUAGGUGUCAUCGAAUAGGCCAAACUCGAGAAGUUCACAUCUACCGCCUGAUUAGCGAGAGCACUAUCGAAGAAAACAUUCUGAAGAAAGCCAAUCAGAAGCGUAUUCUGGACGAUUUGGUGAUACAAAGUGGAGGUUACAAUACAGAAUUUUUCAAAAAACUAGAUCCCAUGGAGCUUUUCUCUGGACUGAAGGGGAUCAAAGUUGGUGGAUCAUCAGACAAGAGCUCUGGAACCACUGCUGUAUCAAGUUCUGUUAUCUCGGAACUUCCAGAUACUUCGUCCAUCAAAAUUUUUGGACAGAAAGAACUGUCAAGUGCAGAAGUAGAAGCAGCACUGAAAAAUGCGGAGGAUGAGGCGGAUUACAUGGCUAUGAAACGAGUGGAGCAGGAGGAAGCUGCUGAAAACCAAGAAUUUACCGAAGAACUAUUUGCUGGCAAUUUGGAUGAUGAAGAUCUAGCUGAUGACUUGGAUGAAAAUGGAAGAAGUGGAAAGGUUCAAACUGAUGCUGCGGUUGUGGAUGGUCCUUCGGCAGGAGAAAAGGUUUUAGAAGAUGGUGGCACUGGAGUUGGAAUAGAGGACAUUACAUUUGGGGAGUCUUCAAUCCUUCCCACUGAUGCAGACGAAGAAAUAGAUAUGUUGGCUGAUGUGCGGCAGAUGGCAGCUGCUGCAGCAGCAUCUGGCCGAGGGAGUGUUUCUUUCGAAGACCAAUUGCGUCCAGUAGAGCGGUACGCGAUGAAAUUUUUGGAAUUGUGGGAUCCGCGAGUUGACAACAUGGCCGUUGCACAGGUUGCCUUUGAGGAGAAAGAAUGGGAGUUAGAUCAACUGGAGAAGCUGAAAGAGGAACAAGAAGCGGAAAUUGACGAGGACAAUGAACCGUUGUUCUAUGAGACUUGGGACACCGCAUUAGCCGAUGAGGCCUAUCGUCAGCAAGUUGAUAUUCUUGUUCAGCAACAGGAACAGAAGCAGUUGGAAUGGGAAGCAAUGGAAGAAGAAAUGCGUGAUGCAGAUAGGGCUCUUGCUGAAGCGGCUUCAACUGUACGAGGUGCAGAGAACGUCACUCUGAAAUCAAAAGGAAGGAAAAAGCUGAAAAAAGCAAAAUUCAAAUCUUUGGCGGAAGGUUCUUUGAUGUCCGAUUCUGAAGACAAAUACAUUGGGGAAGGUUAUCAAGUUGAAAGGAGUAAUGAUCCCUCUUACAAAGAUGUGCAUUCUGACAUAAUGUCUCUACCUCACCGGAGCCCGUCUCAAAGAAAGCGUAAAGCUCCAAAGUUACUCGAGGAAGAUAGUCCGGUUGAUACUCACACGAAGAAGUUAAAAAAGGACUAUGUCGGCAAAGAUACAGGAGCACCUGGGGAUAAGGGCAAGAGGAAGCAAAGGACAUUGGAAGACAACAUUUUUAGAACAAUUUUUGGAAUUUCUAGCGAUGAUAAAUCGCCAGGUUCCACCCGCCCGGAGAGUGUUGGCCAGCCGGGUGGUGUAUCAAUCGCCGGUGUACAGAAAAGUGUGGUCAGCAGCGGAAAGGAGAAGGGAGGUAAACUUACAAUCUCGGGAAUGCCUCCCAAGAAGGGGCCCUUAAUAAUGCUGGAAAAAGAACGGAAGAAAGAUAGUUUGAAGUCACAGGACCAGCUUCCUCCUGCUUCACCUUGGACACAUGGAGAGGACGCUGUGCUCUGUGCAGUAGUCCACGAGUAUGGAGGUAAUUGGCAGCUAGCGAGUGAUGCCUUGGGAGGAGGACCUGACGGUGGUGUAUACAGAGGCCGACACCGUCAUCCAAUUCACUGCAGGGAGAGGUUUCGUCAGCUCCUUGCUCAAAAUGCGUCUGCAGCUAGUGGGGACCCAACCAGUGAAAAAAGUGCACUCGGUGCUGCUACAAAUGCUCAGCUGAAAGUAACAGAGGAGCAUACGAAACGUUUACUAGAUGCAGUAUUGCAGCUCCCAGACCAGGAGCUCCUUCUCCAGCGGCACUUUGUGGCUGCUCUAGCUGCUAUGCAAAACUGGAGAAGGGUUGCUGCCCAGCAUUCUUCUGAGAAGUUACCUACAUCUGUUGCAGCUAACUCCCCAUCUGGCGUAAGUUUUGUGUCACUAAGAAGUCUGGUAAAUUCUCAUACUUUGUCAAUUAAGGCUGGAGCUGUGAAGCGAUCUUCUCGGGAAGUAUCAGCUGCUUUAGCACAAGUCGAAAGAGAAACCAAAUUGGUCUCUAAUCGGGCCUCAGUCAAACCGCAACUUUCGAAAGAUUUACCCUUCGCGGCUGAAAAUGUGAAAUUCAAUGUGACUCAAUUCCUUGUGGGAUCUCCUGAGUACGGAGAGUCCACUGUAAAUGAAGGCGACUUAGAUCUGCGUUCACAAGGUGUAUCUGUGCCACUAACUUUUGAAGACCUACUUGGUUCUCCUUCUCCAUCUUCGCCUUCUCGUCCUAAUUCUAAAGCUGUACGGAAUCUGGCAGAAAUGCUGGUAGAGAAUCGUUUCAGGUUCGCCACAAAGAUCAGUUGGGAUGGAGCUACUCGUGAUUGGGCUGCCGCUGGUGGCUCUGGCACAGGUGUUCUAGGCCUGCACAUUCCUAACAAAGGAAAAGGGGUACUCAAGAGAAAGCCAGUGUCUGACCCAAGUAAACCUCCCAAAGCGAAAUUAAUGAAGACAUCCAAGUCCAGUAUGAAAAAGGGGUUGAGAGAUGCGACCUUUAGUGAGCCCUCCCCUGGCCUAGUCGGCAAUGGAGGAGAUUUGAGUACCCCUUCAGGUCAUGAUGGUGGAGUGAAUGGGAAAGAGGCCGUUCUUGGAGCAACAUCAGGAAGAAGUUCCUCGCUCCUUCAAAAGACCAGCGCAAAGCGACUCAAAAUGAACGCUAAGAAUUCUGAACUGUCCACCUCAGCACCUGCUGAUGGACAAUUGGACUUGAAUGAUAAGCAACCUGACACUCAAGUUCUGGAUGCUAAGGUACCUAAAAAGGUCAAAAAGAGCAGCCCUGGAGUUGGGAUUUCUAGAGCCUCUAAAAUAUCCCAUACGAUGGAGAAAAAAUCUUUAAAAAGAGUAGACUCACAAUCUGGACCUGCUACGAAUUCUGAAGGAGCUGCUUGUCCUCGAGUUGGUUUGGAGCACUCAUGCGGUAAUCUAUCAACCGAUCGUACUUUACCUAUGCGGAAUAUCCGAAAAGAUCUUUCGGCUGCAAGAGUAGGUGAUGGUUGUAGCGACGAUGACGUGACCAUCGUGGGGGUCUCCCCUGGUAAUAGAUACAAUAUGAUAGACUCCCCCGUUGCAGAUCCUUCCAGGAAGUUAGAAACACCGAGGCGCAUGUCGAAAAAUUCUGAGAUAUUCAGUGCAACAAGAUCGAACUUCGCGGAACUUGGGAGUUCAGACGAGUUGGGUUUUCUAGGCUCACGAUCAACUGGAACAGCUUCUGAAUCCUUCAACAAUGAGGAUUCUAGUUUAGCAUCACACUUGAUGAAUAGGCUGUCUGGUACCUCAGCUCAAGACUUGGUUUCACUUGGCGUUUCCGAAGGACUCUCCCACGUUCAAUGGCCUCCAGCUCCAGGCAGCUGGCCUGUUCCUUCACUUCAUGACUUUGAUUUCCCCGCAGAUCUACCCUCGCUCUCAUUUUCCGAGGGUAAACAGAAGGCACCGGUGGUUUCACCCUUCAGGAGUUCUCUUCCAGGGCAGGGAGAGAAAACUCCUGGAAAGGCUUCCUCUCCUAAAAUUUCACGGUUGAGGAUGUCGGAGGGAGCACCUAGAUUGGCGCAUCUGCAAGAGGAGACUGGUCAGAUGCCUGCACGUCUCUUACAUAGAACAGAUUCUAACAAUCAUAGCCAGGGAGUAGGUCGCCAUGUAGCCUCGAACACUUCUACAGGUGGUAGCGAUCGCCCGAAACAGUUGCUACGAUUUAGUCCUAGUUCUAUGCGCUCCGCAUCAGAAAUUGGUUCCCCGUUGCUGCAUCAUGUGUCCUCGCCCCGAAGUUUAAAAGGCUCUUCACAUGAUAAGCAUCCUUCCGUGAGUCCUCGGAUGUACCCACCUGCAACAUUUUCAGGUGUUACACCACUAGCUUUUUCAAGCCCAGAGACUCCGAUAGACACGGGAUUGGAGCUGUCUCUGGGUUCUAACGCUGUUCACAAACUGCCAGCUGGUGUCAGGCCGCCACGUGAUCUGCAACCGCACACCUCACCUCCUUAGUUAACAUGAUUAUGUAUUUAGGGUUGAUUAGGGUUGGAGUGAAUUCCAUAAGGUUAGUCUGAACUGGUCCGCGUUUCACUUAACAAAAUUUUCUUACUGGAAGUUUAUUCUGUAGUCCUUGCUGCACUUUAGUAUACUGAAAACAUUCUAAUCGGUGUUAACGUUACUCUUUCUUCGAAUGAACUUUAUUUUUAAUUCAUUUUUCUUCCAUAUUGCCUA